AUGGAGAACAAAGCUGAAGAAAGAUUUUAUUUCCAUCUUGUUCUAUUUGCUUCAAAGUUUCUAUCUGCAGAUAGCAUUAAUGAGGUUAAGUCAGGAGUCAAAGUGCUCCUCUGUUGUCCAGGUGUUCCGUGUUCUGAAGCCGAUUACAAGCGCUGGUCUCCAUCAGACGAGCAUGGUAACGAGUGUCUGCUGGGCAGGGAGGUGACCUUCAAAAGAAGAGCUCCUCACGCCACGUGCUUCAAUGGGGAAGACUUUGACAGGCCUGUCACCAUCUCCAACUGUUCCUGCACUCGCCAGGACUAUGAAUGUGACUAUGGCUUUAAGCUGAGUGAGGAUUUGUCUCUUCAAGUGUGUGUACCUGACCCAGAGUUCCUGGGAGACCUCUAUGCUCCUCCAGUUCCUUGUCCCAUUGGUACCAGCUACCACCGCAGCAAAGGCUACAGGAAGGUACCAGGGGACAGCUGCAGUGGGGGAGACGUGGAGGCCAGGCUGGACGGAGAGAUGCUGCCCUGUCCUGUUGGAGAGAGUAAUGAGUUCAUACUGUAUGCCGUGAGGAACUCCAUCCACCGUUACGACCUGGCCACUGGCACCGACCAGCCCCUGCCUCUAGUUGGCCUUAGGGAAGCCGUGGCACUGGACUUUGACUAUGACAGGAACUGCCUGUACUGGGCAGACAUCUCGCUGGACACCAUCCAGCGUCUGUGUUUGAAUGGCAGCACAGGUCAGGAGGUCAUUGUGAGGAAAGAUCUGCAGAAUGUGGAGGCUCUGACCUUUGACCCCAUCAGCAGGCUGCUGUACUGGGUCGAUGCAGGAGCCCAGAAGAUUGAGGUUUCUAAUCCUGACGGAGACCUGCGUCACACUUUGCUCAACUCCUCCAUCCUGGAACACCCCCGAGCUCUGGUUCUGCUGCCUGCAGAAAGUAUGAUGUUCUGGACUGACUGGGGAGACCGGGCAGCCGGCAUCUACCGGGGCUACAUGGAUGGAAGCAAUGUGUCCUGCAUCAUGGCAGAAGGAGUCCGCUGGCCCAACGGGAUCACCACAGAUGACCGGUGGCUGUACUGGACCGAGGCGUUCAGCGACCGCAUUGAAAGGGCAGACUUCACCGGAGGACAGAGGAGUGUUCUGAUGGAGGGACUGCCCCAUCCGUACGCUAUUGCUGUCUUCAAGAAUGAUCUGUACUGGGACGACUGGUCAAGAAUGGGAAUCUUCAAAGCUCCAAAAGCUGGAUCUCAGAACAAUGAGCUGAUUGUUGGCAGAUUAACUGGAGUCAUGGACCUCAAGAUUUUCUAUAAGGGGAAGAACAGAGGGCAUAAUGCCUGCACCUACCAGCCAUGCAGUUUGCUGUGUCUCCCACAGCCUGGCCACAAACACACCUGUGUUUGUCCGGAGGGUGCACCGACCCUGACCAUACCCAAUGGAGAGCUGCAGUGCCAGUGUCCCCCUGGUUACCAGCAUCAAAACAACACAUGCACCAAAACCAAGCACAGCUGCUUGCCCAAUCAGUACCGCUGUGCCAACGGACGUUGCAUCAGCAGUAUCUGGAAAUGCGACAGUGACAACGACUGUGGAGACAUGAGCGAUGAGCAGGAGUGUCCCACUACAACUUGUGAUCCAUCCAACCAGUUCCGUUGCAUAGCCUCAGGCUCGUGCAUCCCUCUGGCCUUUAAGUGUGACCAUGAAGACGAUUGUGGUGACAACAGUGACGAGGAGCACUGUGGUACAAGGGUGUAACUUUGUGUUGCAAGUUGGUGGGGACGAGGAGGAGCGGGGGUUGGGCACUGAUGCAACCACAGUUACUGGAAGGCCUUUUCUUUUCUAGUGCUAAAAAUAUAGCCAAAACUUACAUGUGAAUGCCAUGCAGUCUUAUUCAAUAAAUUAGGAUAUACAUCCUGA